AUGGAUUCCGACGAUGAAAGUUUUCAACGAGCGAUCGAUCAGGAGUUCGAUGAACUCAUUGCAGCAGUGCAAGCUGAAGCCGACGAGGAGGAGGCGGCGGCGGCGACCGUCCCUCGGCCGAUCUAUCGUCGCCGGUAUAUCAACCGUGACCACGCCGGAGCCGACCAGCGGUUGAUGAAAGACUACUUCGGCGAUAACCCCCGUUAUCCGCCGGAGAUUUUUCAUCGGCGAUUCAGAAUGUCGCAACGACUCUUCAUCCAUAUUGCGACGUGUUUGUCUCAACGGUACAAGUGCUUCACCUUGCGUCAUGAUGCCACCGGUCGACCCGCAUUGUCGACAUAUCAGAAGUGCACCGUGGCAAUUAUGCAGCUUGCCUAUGUCGGGCCUGCUGACAUGUUCAAUGAAUAUCUACAGAUGGGCGAAACGCCUGCCCUUAAGACACUGAGACAGUUUUGCAAGGGUAUAAAAGAAAUCUUCAAAGGGGAAUACCUAUGGAAACCAACGACCGAAGAAUGCCAGAGACUGAUAACUAUGCACGGGACUGUGCAUCAUUUUCCGGGGAUGAAGGGCAGCAUCGAUUGCGUGCAGUGGGAGUGGAGGAACUGCCUGGUGGCUUGGAAGGGGCAGUUCACUUCUUGGUUUCAAAGGGCGAUAUCCCACGAUGAUCCUUGA